CCAGGAAGUAACUCAAUCGAUUCCAAUGUUAACCAAGAUGUUACCACGUUCGUUGCUGCUGAUUAUAGGAGGACUUUGGUUGAUCAUUUUGUUAGUGGAUAACUGCAGUGGAAAAAGAAAGUGGGACUAUGAGCCCCUAUCGAUUGAAGCCUACUCUACGGAUGAAAGCAUGCUGAAGAUCACCGCGAGGGUGGAGCGAGUCGGUAGGGGAGAAUUUGCCAUUUCGGCCAAUAUCGACUUCAAGUACGAGCCCGGCGAUACAACUUUGGUUGAGGCUUUGGGUUAUCGAAGCAGCUCCGGAAACGAAAACGACUACAAGCUAAUACCAUUCAGCAUCCCAAAGCAACCUUUCACACAGUUCAUGAACAGUCACUACAAGGACGUGGUAAUAGCCAACCUAGGGGGUUGCUCUAAUCUCAUCCAGUUUGAGGACCAAUUCGAGCCGCCGUGGCCCCAAAAGGAGUACGUACUGGACAAGUGCGUGGCCAACAGCGAUGGUUUCCCGGAGGUGGUACCCGAAGGCUUCUACAAGGUCAACUUCUCCAUGAUGAAUCCCGUGGAUUGGGGGUUCAUUGUCAUUGUGAAAAUCUCCACUAAAAUUAUGUGAUUUCCAUAAACGACAUGAAUACAACACUUAUAUGUCAUAUCAAAUGUUUAAUCUAG